AGCCACUCUCUGUCUCCCUCGACACCAGCACGUACGUAACUACGUAUUACUAACUCAGAAAGAUAUCGCCCUUAAAUUCUCCACUCCUCUCUCCAUCUCUAUCUCUCACACAGAGACAAAGCAGUUCGCCCUUAUUAUUGUCAACUCUCAUAGUCUUAGCUCCUAAGAAAGAGCAAGCAGAUAGAUGGUGACACCUUAAUUUAGUCGGUCGUGGCUGCAUAUAAGAGAAAGAGAGGGGGCUGGGGGGUGGAGACCUUAUCCUAUAGUUCAAUUUCCCAUUGGGGUGGGGAUGGAAGGGAAGAGCAGCAGCAAUAUGGAGUAUCAAAUCCAGGCGGCGCCCUUCGUGGCCAAGACGUACCAGAUGGUGAACGACCCCAGGACCGAUGCCUUGAUCCGGUGGGGGAAGGGGAGCAACAGCUUCCUCGUUCUCGACCCCGCCGACUUCUCCCAUCUCCUCCUCCCCUCUUACUUCAAGCACAGCAACUUCUCCAGCUUCGUCCGCCAGCUUAACACCUACGGUUUCAAGAAGGUGGAUCCGGAUAGAUGGGAGUUUGCUCACGAGUCUUUUCUCCGAGGACGGACCCACCUCUUGCCUUCCAUCGUCCGGCGAAACAAGAGGAAAGAUGGCGGCAGUAGCAGCGGCGAUAAGAAGGAUGGCAUCGAAGGGGAGGAGGAAGAGGCCGAGAGGUUGAUGAAAGAGCUUGGGAAGUUAAGACGAGAGCAAAGGGGCCUUCAAGAAGAGCUGCAAGGGAUGAGCGAGAGACUUCAAGCCACUGAAAGGCGGCCAAACCAGAUGAUCUCCUUCCUUGUUAAAGUGAGCGAAGACCCCGACUUCCUCCCUCGGCUUAUACUUUCAAAGAAGCAACAGUUGCAAUCGGAGAAGAAGCAGCGUCUUGUCGCACCCCCGACACCUCCUUCUUUCUCUUCUCCUCCCUCCCUAAUGCCAAGUGGAGUCUCACUACAUUUGGACGUCGGCUCGGCAGCCGAAGAAACGAACUUUUGCCAUUUGGAGCAUCGAGCUGGGCCUUUAACGUUAGAAGCAGAGAAAACGCUGCCGAUGGUUUCUAAUACUUCGGUUGACACGGGCUUUGAUGGUGGAGUCAGUGCUAACAUUUCAGUUCCACAGAUGAACGUUGCUGGUGCCGAUGCCGUCAUCUCCGGGAGCCAAAUGCGAUUACUACCAGAGGUUGGAUUGGCCGAAACGAGCUCAACGGCCAAAACAUCAGUCCCAUUUCCGUUCUCCUUAUUGGGCCACGGAUUCUUCUAGCCUCGAUCGCUGUGUUUAUGGAAUGCGAAUAUAUAUAGACUGUAAUAAUUAUCAGUACUUCGUCUUCCUCCUGUUUCUCAGGAGGGAAGGGGGGAAGAUACUGUUUAGUUUUGCAAAGAUUUGCUUGCCAUCUCUUGACAUUAAUUUAUUAUACCUUUCUAAUAUUUCUCAUA